AUGUCCGUGGAGGUAGAAGAGGAGCGAAAGUCAGACCCAAAGAGGAGAUACGCGAGACUGUUUUGGCGUUUGUUUCCUCAUGUUUUCCUCAUUUUAUCACUCAUUUUAUAUGCGGUUUUAGGAGCGCAGAUCUUUCGACAAAUUGAGAGCAAGAAUACUCACAAUGAGUCGGAGCUGGAGAUCCGUGCGGUGGCGCGAAAUGUGGUGGAAACUGUGCAGAAUCACACAGAUGCCUCAACACAGGAAGCGUUAUUAAUUAAAAUAGAAAAUAUUUUGACUGAAUUCCGGAAGUAUCAGAACUGGAGCUUCUACAGUUCGCUUUUCUUCUCAUGUACAGUGUUCACUACUGUUGGUUAUGGACAAAUGUAUCCAGUGACUUAUGAAGGCAAGGUGGCUUGUAUCAUGUAUGCGAUGGUGGGCAUCCCUCUCAUGCUGCUAGUCAUUUCAGAUGUUGGCGAUAUCUUAGCUGUUCUUCUCUCUAAAGCGUACACUCACCUCAGCCUGUUCUUCAAGCAAUGGAUGUUACAUCGCUCAUGCAUUCACAGGCUUGAAAAUGCAUUGCCUCCAAAACAAGUUCAAGGUGCUGAUACCAACGACACCUAUAUGUUCAGCCAGGAUGUUGUGGUGCACGAGACAAAGAACAUUCAACAGUUGAUAAAAACCCAGUCGUCCCUCAGACACACUUCCUUACAGAUUCGUAACAACAAAGAGAUCUUUGACCGCAUGAUUAUUAAAGAGAACUUCAAGCUCAAAAGCACUCUGACAAAAUCCUGCUCAUGCCCAGACCUCGACCGUAUACCACCCUCCAAAACCAGCUCCAAGUUAUUUAUUGGCAUCGGACAGGAGAUGGACAACUUUAAAGUCCCUCUGCUGGUCAUCUUGCUGGUGGUAUUUGCAUAUAUGGUGGUCUGCAGUCAAAUUCUGAAAUGCUGGGAGAAGCAGAUGGGCCAUUUUGAUGCCUUUUAUUUCACCUUCAUCACCUUGACCACCAUUGGCUUUGGUGACAUUUUGCCUGAACACCCAAAGUACUUCAUGGUAACUUUUUUGUUUAUCAUUAUGGGCAUGGCCAUUAUGAGUAUGGCCUUCAAACUUGGCCAAUCGCGAAUUGUUAGCUUUUACAGGCGGUGCAUACAGUGUGUUAGCAUGGGCAAGGUAGGAAUAUACGAAGACCUAGACAGUAACUGA